AUGUCAAACACAGUAAAGCUCAGGCCGCUGUUGCCGCUCGCCGCCGCCGCCAGCGGCCCCCCGCCGACGGCCCCCGUCAUCACAAGACCACCAAAGAGGAAGGGGUCACAAGUCUCAGCCGCAUGUAAUGGCUGCCGGAAGAGAAAGGUCAAGUGUGAUGGCGUCCGGCCGAGCUGCUACACCUGCAAGACGUCGAAUUCGCCAUGUGUCUACCCCGUCCCAGAGGGCCUCUCGCAGAGGCAGGCCCAGAAACAGAAACUCAACUACGUGUCGAGGGCCCAUGAGAACAGCCAACGGGUGUUGGAACUGCUCCGGGCGAGUCGGGACGGCGCCUCGCAGGACAUAUUGAAGCAACUACAACACUCGGAGCACCUCGACGAGGCGAUACAAUCGAUAGCCGACGCUAGUCUCCUUCUCCCUAAGUUUCACGAACAGAGACGUGAGUCUCCUAGCGAGUUUCCAAGACGCUUUAAACAGGAAAUCCACCAGACGAGCAGUCGCUUACGUGAUGGCUUGCCGCACGCAGGAGUCUCGACAGAUCUCUCCUCACCCCCGGGCCUAGGGGAUCCGACUUCCGAGUCGACAACUCAACCACUUUCAAAUCAUGAUAGCUUCAAUAGAGACCCGUCAGCCAACUCCGAGCCGGAUCAUGCCCUUCCAGUUUCGCGCUGGACAAUCGUUUCUCGGGACAACAAACUGUUGACCCAUCUUUUUGAUAUUUUUUGGAUGUGGGACAGCACCCUAUCCCACCUCGUCGACCGAGAGCUCUUCAUUGCCGAUCUAAGCGCCACCUUACCGGACCUUUCGACGGGUCAGCGCCGAAGCUUCUGUUCGCCCUUUCUCGUCAACGCAAUUCUUGCCGUGGCUUCUCUACACGCGACACGCAAGAGUUUCAGUCCAUACUCGGGGAAUUUCGUCGUGCUCAGCCUCGAGUUUGCCCGCUGUGCUUUCGACUUGCUCGAAUCGGAGAGAUGUUCGGGUUCGAGCUCGUUAACACUGCUGCAGGGCGCGGCCAUUCUCUGGCUCUUCGCCAAGAAUGAGGGCGCUCGAGCAUUCCCCACGCAGGCCGCCAGCCUCGGGAGUUUGAUCCAGCGCACCUGGUCGGAACUUGGUCUUGAGACCGGUGGCCCCAUGGCCUUCAGGGUUUCUGGAACGAGUGAGGCUCACAAAGUCAAGAUCUGGAAGGCGGUUUCUCACAUGACAUGGGGGUUCUAUUGCUUCUUUGCGUACGUACUCCCUAUCACCCAAAGCCCCCUAACAGUGUACGGCGUUGUACAACAAACUCCUUUGCUGGAAGCUGUCACUUCCCAACCAUCUCAUGACGAGCAACAGCGUCUCGCCAUCUGUUUUGCUGCUCCAGCAAGUCAUAUUUCAUUCUUUCUCUCCGAUGCCAAUAGCAAGAAAGAAAAAAAGGAAACACUCUCCGGAAGCCUCCAGCUGACAGCUUUCCCCACCAGAGCAUCAUACGAUUUCGUCGCCCUGAGGCUUCUCUACAGCUACACGAACCAUGCCGGCACCGACCUAUUCGACGGCCGCAACGCCGCCUCCCUCCAGGUGCUCCACGCGAGCUCCAUGAUGACGAACCUCUGGAUAUACCGCAGCAUCUACACCAUCAAGCACGAGUUUUGGGCGGCCGAGUACUGCUCCUCCGUCGCGCAUGCCCUCCUGCCGUCUCUCGAGACCAACACCUCGACACCCGUGGUCCACGACAUCGUCGGCAGGGCCUGCUGCAUCCUCAACGAGAUGGCGUGUGCGGGCGUCUCGGGCCGCGCUGGGGAAUUACUCAAGGGCAUCGAAGAGAGGGCGAGGGCGUCGAGGAUCCGUGUCCCGGCGUAUGGGAGGCAGGAGGCGGACGAGGAGGCACACGGAGGGGGGGCCAUGAUAGUGUUGCGCGGUGUGCGAGUUUUCGACGGCGCUGAGGGCGGCGAGGGCGGGAUGUUGGACGGCGCCGACGGCCGUCACAACGUAAGGUUCGGCAAGACCAUUGCUGAUAUCUCCCGGGCUUCAGCCAAAAAGUGA